AGUGGACUCAAACCUUACUUCGAUACAACGCCAUUCGUUAGGCCACGUGCUCGCCGCCCAACAAAUAAUUACACCGAAACCGAAUAUUGUAAACAUAGUUGGUGUGGAUGGAGAGCCCUACAAACCCAUGCAUGAGAGUUGUAGACUUGAAAUCGAUUUCGACGAUUGUCCAUAACAUACGAAAAGACAUCAUCAUAGUUGUCGACAACACGUUCCAGACACCUUAUUUCCAAAGACCACUCGAAUUGGGUGUAGAUAUCGUGUUCUAUUCACUGAGUAAGUACAUGAAUGGUCAUUCGGACGUCAUAAUGGGUGCUCUUGUCGUAAACGAUACGGAAUUAUACAAUCGUCUAGCCUACAUUCAGAAUUCGUGCGGUAUCAUGUCGUCGCCUUUCGACUGUUACCUUGUCAACCGAGGCCUGAAAACCCUGCAUGUGCGCAUGAAGGAGCACAUGAAAAACGGAUUAGCCGUGGCCAAGUACUUGGAACAGCAUCCGCUUGUCGAACGAGUGCUGUACCCAGGUUUACCGUCGCAUCCCCAACACAAGGUGGCUUUAAGCCAGGCCAGCGGUUUCAGCGGCAUGUUGUCGUUUUACAUCAAAGGCGGCAUCGGGGAAGCCACUAGAUUUUUGCAGGCCAUCAAAGUGUUUUGCUUAGCUGAAAGUCUCGGUGGUUUCGAGAGUCUGGCUGAUCAUCCAGCACUUAUGACUCAUGCUUCAGUUCCUGCAGAAGAACGAGUAGCAUUAAAUAUUACAGACAAUUUAAUCCGUUUGUCCGUGGGAUUAGAAUCCGAAGAAGAUUUAAUUGCCGAUGUCGAACAAGCACUAAAAGCUUCUGUUCAAAAAUAAUCGUGUUUUAGUUUAAAAAAAUAUUUUAUUUGUGUCAAAUUACAUUAAUGUUAAUCGGUUAAUAUAAUUAUUAUUAUCUAUAUUAUAUUUUAAAAUAUCUAUUGAUAA